AUGUAUGUCGGUUUCAGAGGAUUUAACCUCAAAUUGUAAACCGAAGAAAGAACUGUUGUUUCUGUUAUCAAACUGAUACUGAUUUUCAUCAGCUGCGGUGCAAAAUGACACGAAGCAGAGGUAAAUUCUUGUCGCAACAAAGUGUCAGAGCGAGUAGUGGCAACGUUACUAUUUUGUCUCAACCUGUUCCAUCCACGAGUAGACGCGAUCGGGGUUCGCCAGAAUCUCCUCCCAAUCGUGUAACUACCCAGGAAGAAAAUCAACUUGUGGGUAGUUUGAUAAAGCACCUUUUUGCUUUAGAUAAGAAAAAGCAAAUUGUAAAUAAAGCACGACUAAUCAAGAACGUCUUUGGUGGCCAGGGGAAACAGUUUCAUCAGCUGAUGUCUAAAGCAAAACAUAUACUGUCAAAUAUUUAUGGAUAUCAACUGAUGGAAAUCGAAAGUGGCAAAUACAUUCUGGUAAAUGAAAUAAAAAAUCCUCAUCUUCAACCAUCUAAACUUGAAGCUAGUAAACAAGUACUAUUAUUCUUAGUGCUUUCACAUAUAUUUAUGUCUGACGAAUUUUGUACUAAAGAAACUUUGUGGGAAUUUCUUACAAACAUGGGUAUUAAAUCAGAUAAUUCCCAUCAUUAUUAUUUCGGCGAUGUCGCACAGUCCAUAGAGGUAUUUGUUCAGCAAAGAUAUCUGGAGAAGGUCGCCGUGGACAAAGACGAUCCAACAAAAAUAGAAUAUAAGUGGGGAAUGCGGGCCGAAUACGAAGUUACUCGACGCUCAUGUUUAGAAUUUGUAUCACAGAUCUACAGUCGGCGUCGAAUAGAGAGCUGGCCGGCACAAUAUAAAGCAGUAAUCGCACACGAGAAAACCAAGAAUUGUGAGUGAUCGACUAGUUUGGAUAAAAUGUUGCUCGUGAAAUUACGAACAAUGAAGCCAGGCGCAACGGCUGUGAUCAAUAAAGUACAAAUUAUUUCUGAACAAUAAAAUUAUUUUUGAGUACAA